AUUAGGUGAAAUUUAGAACAAAAUCAAAAUGCUUUCUAUUAAGGACGGAAGGGUGUGCUGGUUGACAGAAUUUAGUUUUUGGAAAGCCCAACCCACAACAACUGGACUGGGCCUUUCACUUUGAGGGUGGUCUGGUGACACUCUGGUUAGCAGGUCGCUUUCCCGUCGACCAAACGUCCGGUGCCACGUUGGCUCUCCUUCUAAUAUUUCUGGUUCCUCAUUAACUGACUCCACCACCACAGGCAACCAACCAUCUCCACCGGCACCCUCCGACGCCUCCUGAUUUCCGAUUUCACUCCACACCCACUCACACUGACACUGUGCUCUCGAAAUAAACAAGGUUUUUUUUUUUCCGGCUAAUAAUGAUGGAAGCCCAUCCCUCCUCCUCCUCCUCAGACGACGAAGAAGAUCGCCGCCAUCUGAUUGAGCAGAACGACAGAAGAAACCGUCCCCACUCGCCCGCCGCCACAUUCGAGCUUGAGAAAUCCCGAUUCCACACCCCCAAUUUCAACCACAUUAACAAGAGGUACUUAUUCGCCUUUCUUCUACUUCCUUUGUUCAUCCUCAUCCUCUACUUCUCCACCGACAUUAAAGAUCUCUUCCAAACCUCCUUAACUAGUAGACCCGAAUCUUCCUCUAUUAUCAGCCGGAUGCGGGAAUCCGAGCUUCGCGCCCUUUACCUUCUCAGACAGCAACAAUCAGGCCUCCUCCAGCUUCUGCCCCAUACUGAUAACAAUAAUACCGACUUUACUUCUGCUUAUAAUGUUACUUAUUCUGAUCUGCUCGCUCAUAUUUCUCUGAACAAGCAAAUUCAGCAGGCUUUGUUGUCUUCCCAUCAGCUGGGUGCAGACCUCUUUACUCUUAAUGGGUCUGAUUCGGGUCCCAGUAGUUUGUUUAGGUGCGGGAAGGUGGAUCAGAGUGUUAAUUCUUCUGAUAAGCGCAGGUCUGUGGAGUGGAAUCCCAAACCGGAUAAGUAUUUGUUUGCUGUGUGCGUUUCGGGUCAGAUGUCUAACCAUUUGAUUUGUUUGGAAAAGCAUAUGUUUUUUGCUGCUUUGUUGAAUCGAGUUUUGGUCAUUCCCAGUUCUAAAGUUGAUUAUGAGUUCCAUAGGGUGUUGGACAUUGAUCACAUUAACAAGUGUUUAGGGAGGAGGGUGGUGGUUACUUUCGAGGAGUUUGAGGAGGCGGAAAGGAAGAAAAAGAGCAAGGUUCAUAUUGAUAAGUUUAUAUGUUACUUCUCGUUGCCGGAUUUGUGUUACAUGGACGAUGAGCGUGUGAAGAAGUUGAAGAAUUUAGGCGUUUCAAUGGGCGGCAAGCUUGAAUCUCCUUGGAGUGAGGAUGUGAAGAAGCCGAAGAAGAGAACAGUGGAGGAUGUAUUGUCCAAGUUUUCGUCUGGGGAAGAUGUUAUUGCCAUUGGUGACGUGUUCUUUGCUGAAGUUGAGAGUGAAUGGGUUAUGCAGCCUGGAGGUCCUAUUGCCCAUACGUGUAAAACCCUUAUUGAACCAAGUCGGCUCAUCAUGCUUACUGCCCAGCGUUUUGUGCAGACGUUUUUGGGAAGGGAUUUUGUGGCUCUUCAUCUUCGCCGACAUGGUUUCUUGAAGUUCUGCAAUGACAAACAACCAAGUUGUUUCUACCCCAUUCCUCAAGCUGCCGAUUGCAUCAAUCGGGUCCUAGAACGAGCAAACACCCCAGUGAUUUAUCUUUCCACAGACGCUGCAGAAAGUGAAACUGGUUUGUUACAGUCACUGCUUUUCAUUAAUGGGAAGACAGUGCCCCUUGUAACGAGGCCUGCACGCAAUUCUGCAGAGAAAUGGGAUGCUUUACUGUACAGACAUGGCCUCGAGGGUGAUUCUCAGGUGCGUGUGCUGAUGGCUUGUGAUUUUAGUUUAUUUGUUUGUAAUUUAUUUAGUCUUAUAAUACAUGCAUAGCCUUUACAUAAAUAGAUCUUUUAUUUUUGAAAAGGUUUGCAUAUGUAGAUACUUGGAGAUUAGAUUAUGGGAUGCAAAAUAAGUUUAUUUAGACCUUUGAACAUUCUUGAAGCCGUGUGUGUGAGGGGUUUUAGUUUGAUUAUAAGUGGAUUGAAGCGUGUUGUAAAUUAUGAAUCACGUCAGACUGAGAAGGAUUAUAUUGUGCUUAUGUUUGUUAGAUGCUGUCCUUUUUGCAUCACAGAUGGUUCCUUCGACUUUGGGUCAUGUAUGUAAACAUAUGAUGUAUUUUCUGUUUCAAAUGUAAAGGUGGAAGCCAUGCUGGAUAAGACUAUCUGCGCUCUAUCAACUGCAUUCAUCGGUUCCCCUGGAUCUACCUUCACGGAAGACAUCCGGAGACUCCGGAAAGACUGGGGAUCAGCAUCAUUGUGCGAUGAGUACCUUUGUCAAGGUGAAGUUCCAAAUUUCAUUGCAGAGGAUGAAAAGGAAAAGACUUAACUGGCUUGUUCAGUUUUCUUGGAUUAGUUGUUGCCUAUGGCUACAAUGGAGGCAAAUGGCCUGGAGAGAGAGAUGUAUGGGAUGAGAAAAUGGUAGUUCUUCCUGUGCUUUAAUCACGGGAUUUCGGCUGCUGCAGAUGAAUUUGACAGUUGACGAUGAUAUUCUUUUUGUUUCAGAUUUGUAUUCUUUUGUAUGUUAAAAGGUUUUAACGAAUAUGUUACUACCAUUUUUGUGUGUAUACCAUCUUCGAGAAUGUACAUGCUUUAACAGAUGUGAGAUGAAUAUGAUAAUAAAACUUGGCUGACACACAUUACGAUUUGUUUGUUUUCUGGCAUCAAUUUUAGAUUCUAAUUGUGUUCACA